AACGGUAUCGUUUACACCUUCCCAUGCGGUAAGGAAAAUGGUCAUAAACUGUUCGCUUCCAUCCCUAUCCACACGAAUACGGAAAUGGAUUUAAACAAUAAAACCAAAGUCUUACUAACGAUUCUGAGAAAAAAAACACCCCACAAACCAGAAGUCGAUAAGAACCAGCCACAGCAGACAUCCGGAAAAAGGGAUCCAUUAAAUAAAUCAUUGAAUAAUAAAAUUAUACACACGCCAUAAAUAUGCUUCGCUUGUAUGUUUAUUCUCGUUAUUUAUAGUGGCUGCUGCGGUGACGUUUGGGGACGUUCGUGCUGUGCCCUUAGAAUCGUCGCUUCCGCUUUUAUUGCUACCAGUUUGAUGGAGAAAUCCGGCAAGAAAGCUUCUCCAAAAAUCGUGCUGCACCCAUGUUUUGACUGACUUGUUUCGUUGACAGAUUUUACUGCUGCACAGGCAGUAACCGGAAAAACCGGAAGAGUUAUGGAAAGAAAUAAAUCGUUCAAGGGAAGUAAUAUCGAUGGGGAAAAAGCAUUCACUUCUCUUUCUUUUUUUUUUAUUCCUGCUACGGCUUGCAACAUCAUUUGUAUUUUGACAAAUUUCUACCCAAACAUCAUCAGCUUCCAAUUAUGAGACUCACGCCCAAAGAGAAGAAAAAAAUGCCAAUGUUACAUUAUUGAUUAAAAACUUUCCAUUUCAUAUGAAAAAUGGAAUCAUUCUUCACGCAUACAGCUUGCAGAGUUUAGCUGGUUUGUUGUUGUACUACGUUUCCGUUACUCGCCAGCCAUCAUCCAUCAAGCUUCAUAAAUGAAAAAUUAUGUCUUUAUGUGAAACCUGCAAGGACGGUGAGGAAGAUACCCCAGCUCUGAAAAAUAACAAAAAAAGGACGGCUUUUUGUAAAUGGAGCUUAUAGGAAAAAAUGAAACACACGUAAAAAAGAUUUUUACGUAAAAAAAGAUAAACGUACAGAUAACAAAGCGAAACAUCCACGAGCGAAACGACAAAACCGACCGGACAUCAAGAAAAGUAUUGAACAACUUCCAGAGCACGGGCGAAGUAUAGCAUGACGAUGAUAAUUAAUCGUAGAAUUCAAAUUAAUUCAGCUGGAAGCGGGAUCUUGCAAACGAACCAGCAAGACAAUCGCGCACUGCAGAGACAAUGUGCAGUCUGAAGGUGGAAAAAAUAAACAGUUUAUUUCGCGGAAGAAAACAUUGUGUCCGAAACAGUGGAAGGGAUUUUGUCCCUUUUUGAUGCUAGGUUUUUUUUGUUCUUGCUCUCGUCUUGUUGAGCUGUGAAGUAAGUACAGAUCUUUUAUGUUGAAAAGAAAAAAAAGGAUCUUGUCUAUUUUCGUUCUCAAAAGGAACCCAAACCUCACAACACGAUUCGUUACAAACAAAACGCACGAGAAAAUGGUACAAAUCAGACCAGAAGGAAAAGCGAAUUCAAUGUCCUUUCUGCUACAAAAUUACAAAAAAAAAGGAAAAAAUAGCUGUUUUCCUCAUCUUAUGGUUUGUGUUAAUUAUCCAGUAUUUGCUUGAACGGUUUGGCUAUUUUUCGCGCAUGUCCCGAAGGGGGAAAAAACAAAAGAAAAGCUUUUCGUUUCUCUCCGACGAUUGAAGUCAAAACGUUCCGAUUGGACGGACACCGCAGCAACACAAAAAAACACUCACACAAAUGAUAACAUGGUUACAUCAAUUUGAUUGACAGCCAUCUUUCUUGCCACAACAAUUAGCUAGCAAUUCAGCAGCAUGUGUGUGUGCGUUUUUUUUUUUUGGUGAGCAAGCUAAUGAGUCUUAAUUUGUGUACAACGCACCAUGGAACGAAUUAAAAAUUUCCCAUCUUUCCCGUGCUUCAAACGUACAAAACUUACAACACACUGUGCACCCAGCUGUAAUAAAAUCACCUCAAUUAAUGUCUCCCAUCAAUGGCAUUGUGCUGGUGCAAAAACGGGUUGGGCCGGCGUAAAGUAUUGCGUUAAUUGACAUCCAUUCGUGUUAAUGAGUGUAUCCCAGCUAGUUUCGACGUUCAAAAUCAUUGCUCCACGGAGACGGAGGCAGCAAAAAUGGGGACAAAAAGACAAGGAUAACAUAAUGGCGACGUCAUGUGACGUAUACGUUUGUGUUGUAAUUUGGCACUCGCGCAAGAUGUAAUUGUGUUCCGCACAAGCACGGCAACACGAUAAUGUGUAACAUUUCAAAAAAUUCACCAUGUAAAUUAAAUAUACCGUCCCUCGUUUCCCUCCGCUAUGUGAUCGUGGGCCACUUACAAGUUCAACGGUUCGUAAAUCCAGAACGACAACCCUUCCCUUUCGGGGAGCAUCGGAGAACGAAGGCAAACGGGGUAAGGCAUCAAAGGGCGAUGGGUAAAGUUCGCCCUGUCUGCAAAGAAACAUGCCGAAAUUGUAACGAGAUAAUGCUCUUCUAACAACAAGUUUUUCUCCCGCGAGAUAUACCCAAACCGCAGCCACCAAUUCUUCUGCCAUUCUUUGGUCGGUUUUUGGGUGGAUUGCCACGCAAGAAACCGCCGGAAUUCGGCACCACAAUCAUACAUUUAACCCAAAACCCAACACAAAACCCUACGACGAGGUAUGGGUCAGGUUUUGCAAAGUUUUACCUCAAAUCCUUCUCCCUUUCUCCCAUCUCUCUCCAACACCCUUCACACCAUCAUCUGGUGAAGUUUUAUACCACAAAAAGGGACAGUGUUUGCCUUUCGUCGUUUUUUUGUCCCCAGUAAGGUACGCCAGGUUUCACCUUCAGUUUUAUCAUGAUUAUUUUCUCCGCUUUGCAACAAUUAUUCACACGCACAGUCCGGAAUGAUUUUAUUUAUUUUCGUACCUCGUCGCACAGAGCUGUGAGGCGGCGACGAUGACGAUGGGAAGACCCACUCCCACGUUGACGACUCCGUUUUGGGAUGAAGUUUUUCUUAACCCCUAAUUGAAAGCACUCAUCCAGGCGUGUUGCAGCGAACGAGCGCAAUGGCUACGGGCUUGUCACUCACGGCAAAGCUGGUUUUCCUCUGCCAACGUUCAUUUUGUGCUCGGAAAAAGUAACUUCCAAGCACACACACACACACACAACAAAAUAUAAACACAGAAGGAGAAUAAUAAUAUUUACUGGCUACACUGGCAUCGCCCAGGGCAACCCUGCCAGCAACAAUGUUGUAGCGAAGUGUCUUGCUAAACGAACCAAUAUGGAACGAGCUCCAUAGACGGAAAGCAGCAGAACAAGACGUCGCGCAACGAGGCUUCCCCAUGACUCCUGUCACGAAUUCCCGUUCAGCAAACAACUCGAACAUCUCGCACAAGGACGAACGAACUGAACCGAUCGAUCGAUGGUUGCAGCAAACAACAACAGCAACAAACACACCGUUCGGCAUAGAUGGAUCAUGAAAUCAGUGAAUCGAUGUCGUUGCUGUUACCGUCGCAAUAGCGAUUCCUCGUUGUUUUCUUUUUUUUUCUCCCCGUAUAACGGCUUCCUUCACGGGCCGAGCUACAUCAAGGACUCUCGUAAUCAGACGCGUUUGUAUGUUUUCGUGUAUUUUUCCCACUUUUGCAUUUGCAUAAUGAUUAUUUUACACUUCGAUCGUGACAAGGUUCUGGAGGACGCCCGCUGAACGCCACCAUGGCUAAGACCAUCUCGCCUCCCGAAGCAACCGGCCCUAAGUGAGCGUUGCUCUAGGGGAGGGGAGGCUAAAAUGAAAAUAAAUAAAAGAAAAUAUAAAAGAAAUGAAAGUAACCAACGUGUUGGGAGAAAUCAAACAAAGUAGAAAAAAAAAAUCCACGCGAAAAAACAAAACAAGAAAGUAAUUUUCUUUCGAGCGUACCACAGAAACAGGUUGUUCGACAAUUUCCACAGGUUGUUGUUUUUGCCAUGGUACUGUGGCGCGCGAUUCAGCACAAAGUCAGCGAAGGAUGCCUUUCUUUCUUUCGCCGUUUCCGAUUCGAUUCGAGGACAAAUUCAACAACCCAUAAAGAAACCCAUUAUCCAUCCGUUUCGACCCAUUCCACUAGCGAUCUCCUUUCAAUAAUUGCUCGUCGUCGGUUGUGUUUGGUUCGCGUAAUGGCGGUAACCGUAACGGGGCGCAUUCUUCGCACAAAGCCAAACACACACAGUGACGUGAAGUAGGGUCCUUUUUUAUGUUUCAACUCAAUGCCAUAACCCGUUCCAAAGCUGGAGUGAUGAGUUUCGUUUUUUUUUUUGGGUUGUGUUGUGUUGAGCUAAGGGGUAGGUACUUUUAAAUUAUGCGCCCGAUACGCAUGAAAAGUCACGUCGAUGGUGUGAAGUAAUUGAACAAUUCGAUUAAGUGCUUCCACGUGUGCUGACAUAAUGUCCAACCUUUUUGGGUGUGACAAAAAAAACGAAAACUCAUCCAGCGCGUUCUUUUUGCACAGGUGUAAGGGCACUUAAUGUUACCAACAGCUGGCUUGCUUCGCUGGGUACCGCGUGAGUGCCCUUCAAAUAGACAAUUGCCAAGAUCGUGCAGUUUUACGCAACCCGAUCUUACUGCCCUACCCUGUCUCCUAUUUCUGUUUGCCCUUCAAUUCACCCACGAACAUUACGGCUACGUUCAAUUACGUGCAACGAUUUUUUUUCUGGCCGGAAACAAUCGAUCGAUGCAGACUUACCGAAACAUGUCGCUUUGCUGGACAUAAAUUCACACUUCUAUUUGAAGAGCGUACUCGCAUCCCAUACACCCAUGUGUGGGCCGAUGUGUCAAACGGUGGCGAAUUUAUCUGACAUCUGAGUUGCCAACGAAUGGGGCGGUUAAGGGGUUUCCGAAAAGAUGGAAAGAAAACAUGAAAUGUCACCAUCCAGCGAGUCGUCGCCGGUUUUCACGAAUGUCACCCAGAAAGGUGGACCAAACGGGGAAGUGGAUGCAUGCAGGAGAUCGAGUGUGGCGCGGAAAAGUGGAAAAUCGUGCCUGGUUUACCUAAUGUCACCGUAAGCCGGUGCCGAAGGAAACCUCAAUGUCGACGAAAGGAGCUGCAAAAAAAAAUCUUCUCAUCUUGGUUGUCCAUAGGCUGGACGAACGGAAAACGGAAAAAGCACACACAAGCUUCCACAAUGAUAAAGGAAAACCCUUCCCUUUGCGCUACAUGACAAAACCGUUCGGAGGCUUUGAAACGUCCCCAUGUGAAUUCUUCUUCUGCUUGUAGGAUAGGGUGGUUGGGCAUUGUUGGGCGAACUGGGCUGCGACACGAAGGAACGCGGUUUCGAGAGAAAGAGAAAGUACCCAUAGGACCGAUGUGAUUCUAAAUGCGCUCCGGGCUUUUCCGGUACGAUAGGCUCCACAUUCCCUGUGGGUAGGUAGAAUGAUUUAUUUCUUGUGGUCGAAGGUUAGUUCGAUGGUUUCCGUCGAUAGCAGAAAAGAAAGAAAGAAAGAAAGCCGCCUUUUUUGAGACAGGAAGAAUAACGUACACAGACCGGAUAGUGAGCGUCCUUUCAUUCCUGAAGAAGGUCAUAAAAAAGGUACUAGAGAAGGUAGCGACACUUCAUUGGGAGAAGACUUUUUUUGCCGUUCGAGAACACAGUCAAGCGUCAAGCUUUUACGAGCUUACGAUUGUUUAGUGCACUUUCCACAAAACAGAAGGUGGUUUUAGAAGAUGGAAAGAAUCAUUAUUCUAUGUACACAGUCAUGGGGCGACGCCCCACAACUAAACUCGUUGCUCUCGUCAAAUCUGAUAAUCAUGUUCAUAAAACGAAAUCAUUCCGAUAUUGGACAGUUGGUCUGCUUCCCAAGUAUCUUCUGAUAGUAGCUGACAACUCGCACUGCUCUGUGGGGAUUCGGCCUCAAGUCAUGCAAGUCACGCGGAAGGUCGCACAUCUCACGCUUGCCAACUGUUUGAAUCGGGGGGUGUUGACUGUACACGCAGAUAAACUUAUCUGUCGUGCGACGCCAUACAAAGUGCGCCCCGUACAACAUUGUCCACGCAUUACAGGGAAUUCCUCGAUAAUGUUAGUUGCUCUUGAGCAGCGGGAACCUUGGUUCAGGUUUGUACGACUGUCUCCCCGACUGUCUUCGGCCGUGUGCUCUAUCCAAGCGUUACGAUAGUUAAGCGGAAGAGUUGCUCAUGUGUGUUGGUGAAGGUUGAUGCCGCUCAGCAUCGCGCUACUUUGCCAACGCGGUUUGUUGUGCGUCGGCGCACAGCUGCCAUUGACGAUCAUAAUAACAAACAGCUGAUAAGUCGACGACACCGGAAUUAAAGCACGCGGCCGCGAGAGCCUGUCUUGCUUGUCUGCGUGUGCAUCGUACGAGCGUAGAUUUAUCAGGUGUUUCUCGGUUAGUUUGUUAGCGGUUGCGUAUCUGCUGUGCGCGAUUGUGAUUAGUGCUCUAGUCUGUGGCAAACCGAUCAACCGACCGACCGACCGACCGACGUACGACGCAGCCGCAAGAUGUCAAAGACAACGGCACCGGCGCCGGAUCGUGUCGAGCUGGACGAUUUGCUCGAGGAAGUAGGUCACUUUGGGCCAUUUCAGCUGUGGCAGUGCACCCUCCUUCUGCUGCCCGUCAUUUUUACCGCAUUUUCAAACCUGUGCUAUGUGUUUACUGCCGGCGACGUUCACUACCGCUGCACCGUUCCGGAGUGUGAAACGGUAUCACAAACGACACCGUUUCAACCGGACUGGAUAAGAGCAGCGGUACCAUUUGGCGGGAAACCGGAACUACCGACGAAAUGUGAACGCUAUCAGGUGAUACCGUCGAGUGGCGAGUUCGUCUGUGAUGAAAGCCGGUUUAACCGAAGCGCCAUCGAACAUUGCACCGAGUUCGUGUACGCCGAUCCGACCGAAAGGACCAUCGUGAAUGAUUUCAACUUAAUGUGCGAGGAAAACCUUUGGAAGGUAACACUCGUCGGCACGGUGCACAGCAUUGGGCAGUUUGUGUCGCUCGCCAUGUCGGGCAUUAUAUCCGAUCGGUUUGGCCGGCGCUGGACACUGCUGCUGUGUGUCGGGGUCGGUGCAGUGCUUGCGAUCAUUCGCUCUUUCGCUGCCAGCUACCGCACGUUCUUAUCGCUCGAGUUUGUCGAGGCAAUGUUUGGAUCAACGAGCUAUACGACCGCAUUCAUCCUCAGCCUGGAGCUGGUCGAACCGAGGUUACGCGUCAUCGUGAAGAGCGUCAUCCUCGUAGCGUACGCAGUGGCCGAAGCCAUUCUCGGAUUGCUGGCAAUGACGUUCCGCGACUGGCGUACGCUAUCGAUCGUUCUGUUUGUGCCGGGCGUAUUGUCGAUUCCGUUGCUUUACACCACGGUCGAGAGCGUUCGAUGGCUACUGACCAAAGAUCGGCAAUCGGACGUGGUUAACAUUCUGCAACGGGUGGCCAAAGCUAACGGUCGACCGCCCCUGCCCAAGAGUACGCUGGACGAGUUUUACCUGCAGCAGAAGGCCAAAUUGGACGCCGAACAGAGCGACGGCGGCGGGAGAAAAUCCUUCCUCCAAUUGGUGCGUGAAACCUGCCAGCAUCGGCGAUUGCUGCUGCGUAUCGCCAACUGUGCGUUCUGCUGGUUCACCAACGCGAUGGUGUAUUACGGUCUCACGCUCAACUCGGUCACGCUGGCCGGGGACAAGUACAGUAAUUUUAUCUUCAUCACACUGGCCGAGAUACCGCCAUCGUUGGCUAUCAAUUUCAUUCUGAAUCGAUUCGGCCGCCGGAAAACGCAAUGCGGCUCGCUGAUACUAUCCGGCGUGUUCUGCCUACUGGCGCUGACAGCUCUCAAAGACAUCACCUGGCUGAAUGUGAGCCUGUUUUUAAUGAGCAAAAUGGCCAUCUCGCUGUCCUUCUCCACGCUCUACAUCUAUACGGCCGAAAUCUUCCCGACAAACCUGCGCCAGAGCUUCAUUUCCUUCUGCUCGAUGGUGGGCCGAUUCGGUUCCAUGCUUGCCCCACAGAUGCCACUGCUUCAAACCCUCUGGACACCGUUGCCGAUGGUGCUGUUUGGAACGGUGGCCGUGCUGUCGGGCAUUUUAAUAUUGGAGUUUCCGGAAACGACCGGUGUCACACUGCCCAAUACGCUCGAGGAAGCCAUCGAGCUGCACAACAGGCGUAAGCCGCCCGCGGAGGAAGCCGAAAAGGGAACGUACUCUAGUCCUGGAUAGUUGGUAUGCCGAAACUCACCUGGAAUAUAAUGAAGAAAAGUUUUUAAGUAAACACUUCAGAUAAGAAAGAAACACUAAAAUUAUAUACUUGCUCUCCUACGUGCUAGUUAAAUUAAAAUGCAAUUUGUCAUUAUGCUUAUAAAGGAUCAUGCCUCGAACCAUUUCGAUAAAAUUACGCACCAAAGACUAAAUACUUUCAAAAUUGAAUUGGGAAAAAAACUGAAACACCACAACACACAAACCCAUCUUUGACCGAAAUACAAUCACAUUUCCUUUUCCACA